AUGAAAUCAAACAUCAUCCAAUGGUGGCAAACUUGCACCCUUUAUUGGAAAAGAGGCAAUGUGAUCGAGCUGGUUGUGCUCUCGCUUUCUUCUAUCAUCAUCGCUUUGAGGAUUGAUGAGUUCUCUCAAGGGAAAAAAUCCAAUUUUUGUUUGUUCUGGCCGAUCGCUGCGCUGUCAUUUCUUGGACUGACACUCAAUCUGCUGAUGCUGCUGAGCACGUGGGGCCAUUUAGCAAUCUACAUUUUGAUGUUCAAAAAACAGUUUAUUCGUGUAAGUGGCAUUACCGACAGACACAACGCCUGUCGAAACGCCUCAAGUGUUGUUGGCGUGGCCGUUGACGACGUUGCCGAAAUCAAGGAAGAGGCCACGGUUAACAAGUUGUCAAUGCAGUUGAGUUCGAUACUCAUCCAAGGCAUCAUAUGCGAGAAGUUGAUGCGAAACGCCAAAUACAAGAUCAUUGUUGACUUUGCAAAAGACAAAAGUUCAACGAAAAUUGAAGACAAAAACGAUCAACCAAAACGAAUAAAUCUAUACUCAAAUCCAAGUGACGAAUGGGAGGAAUUGUUGAGGAAACGGGACGAAUCGACGAAUCGUUCUAUGGAAACAAGAAUGACCGAAAUGGCUGCUCAUUUGUUAGAGAUCACAAGAAUGCUUAAAGCAAGCCAAGCAGAACGAUCAUCU